AUGUCUACUAAUGUCGCGGUUUCCUUAUUUCUGCAAAGGUUAUUGCACGAAAAGUAUAUGGAGGAUUCUGAUGUAGAUUCACUCAUUCAAGGAGUAAUUAGAGGAACGGGACUAUCUUUCAGUUCAAAAUCGGCAUUCAUUGAACACACCAACAACCUUUUGUCAGAUAUAGGAUUUAUGCUUGUGAGGGUCAAUGUUGCAGGGAAAAAAUACUAUUCGCUCAAGGAUCUAGAUUCUUCCAAUUUGACCCUAGAUAUACCUUACAGAACUGACAUUUCUGAAAAUCCUACCCAAGAUGAUCCCAUGGACGUUGACUUUAUGACGCCUGUUAGAAAACUGGGUGUGGAGUUUAAUAUGAGUCCAGAUUCUUCACAAAAUAUGACAUCUUCAGUGUAUAAAUAUCCAUCAUUAUUAAAAAUAAACCAGUCAAAAUUUACACACUCUGAGCUCAUGAUCUUCAUAGAUUCCAUAAAUUCAAUAAUUUCCACUGGCAAACCUUUGCCAAUUAAGAGGCAAGAGUCACAAGAUUCGUGGUCAAGCAUAUGUUCCAAAAGAUUAAUAGUAGAGGAGCCAGCUCAAUUAAACUUGAUUCAACGUUUUGAAAGGAGAAAAUGGCUACAAUAUUACGAAGAUGAGACUAGUAUAGCACCAGGAGUUCGAUUCUACUUUGAUCUUUCAAGUUUUUUCGAUUUAAAUGACGCAAAUAAGUGCGAAUCUUGCUCCUCGAUUAUAAUAUUCAAUGAAUUUUUCUGCCAAGAAUGUAGAAAUACAUUUCACGAGCAAUGUGCAUCCGUAAACAGUUCAGGCUUUAUUACGGAUCAAACUAAGUGUUUUUCCUGUUCAGUAACGUGACUAUCGUAGGAAAAAUUUAUAGCCAAUAUUCCUAAAUUUAAAAAUACUGGAUACGACUUAAAUGUGUAAAAAUUGCGACAUUUUAAUACUUGUACAUUGUAGUACCUUACUAAUCAUUUUCUUCGAUUUCAGUUUGUACUAUAGUAAAUCUAAUAUAACUUUGUUUCA